AUGCCUUGUGAGAAAGGAAUUCCCUUCAUAGCCUGUGGUUACAGAAGGUACGCUUGCGAAAACAGAAAAUUUGGUAAAAACUGUUUAAUGGACUGCAACUGUGAUGAAUGCCAUCAUAUUAACGGUUCAUGUGCCAUCUUUAAGCAGCAAUGCGACACUGGGUUUAAGAUGGACAAAGAUAUCUGUCAACCUUGUGAACGAAGACACUUUGGUCCUAAUUGUGCAAAUGAAUGCCAUUGUGAACAAUGCCAUAAUGUCAAUGGAUCGUGUGAUCUGUACACCAACAAUUGCGAUGGUGGCUUCCGACUUGACAAUGGGCUAUGUAAACCAUGCGGACAAAGACAAUAUGGCCAGAACUGUUCUACUGAAUGCCAUUGCGAAAGAUGCCACAAUGUCAACGGCUCGUGUGCCUUGUACAGUUCACAUUGUGACAUGGGCUACCGGAUGGAAAAUGAUCUAUGUAUAGAGAAUAGCGAAGCUUCAUCAAAACAAUCCUCAUCUUCUUCUGGAGCAAUUGGAGGUGGAUUUGCGGCUGCUGUAGCAAUUGUGAUCAUUGUUGCUCUCGUUUGCUAUAAACGCAGACGUUUGAACAACAACGGAAAUAAUCGUGAGUUUUUCAAUGAUAUCGCAAUGUGCUCAACGACACCACCACAAUCUACUGUUAAGUCAGAUCAACAGCCGAAUCUGAAAACUGACUCACGUGAUAAUAUAUACGCCAAUGCUAAAGAUAGUGAAUCCGAUUACUAUGGUUUCAAUGCCUUUGUUACUGGUAUUCAACUGCACGAACUAUGGACGUACAUUCGUGGCCAAAUCCAGAUUGAUGAGUUUCAGAAAUUACCUGCUGGUUUGAUUCGAAAGCACGACGUUGCAUCUGCUGAGUCUAAUAAAGGCAAAAACCGUUAUAAGGAGAUGUAUGCAUAUGACGAUUCACGAGUUGUCCUGACAAACGAGUGUCCAGAUGAUUCCGACUACAUCAAUGCCAGCUAUAUACAUGGAUUUGAUCAAUUGCAGAAAUUCAUCGCAUGUCAAGGACCUACUCAGGAAAUAAUUUCUGAUUUUUGGCGUAUGAUUUGGCAAAAGAAUAUUGAGAAAGUAGUCAUGCUUACAAAUCUCUUUGAAUUUGGAACGCUUAAGUGUCUUCAGUAUUGGCCAGACGAUAUAAACGGUGAGUUCAAAUACGGUGGUGUUCUUAUCAAGUAUGUCGGCAUCAAGGAAACAUUCGACUACAAUAUCAGAUCACUUGAAAUCACCAAGGAUGGCGAGACCAGGCGCCUCAACCAGUUCCAUUUCAAGUCCUGGCCUGAUAACGAUGUUCCAGAAACAACCUGGAGUCUAGUGGACUUUUGGAGAGCUGUUGCUAAGUGCGACGAUACCAGCACAUCCCCCAUUCUUGUACAUUGCAGUUCUGGUGUUGGCCGCAGUGGAACUUUUAUCGCUCUGGACAACUUGAUUGCACAAGCAAAGAUUGAAAACUGCGUCAGACCUCUCCACGUGGUUGAGGCUUUAAGGCAACAAAGAGUUAACAUGGUUCAAACAAAGGAACAGUACAAAUACCUGCAUGAAGCUUUGGCAGAAGCCCUUCUAAUUGGUACACAUCACUGGGUAACGAGACAGUUUGAAAGUAUCUACAACCUUAUGAUCGGAAAAGACAUUGAGUCGUCGAAGACACGAAUUGAGCAGCAGUUCGAAUUGAUAACCAAAAGUGCAUAUUACGCUAGGGGACAGAACGCAGCAAUAGCAACUGGACUAGUAAACGACCAUAUUGGAACUCAAAACGAAGCCAUGAUUAUGAAGGCGACGGAAUCCAAGCCGCAGUGUAUUGUCUUAUCAGCACUUGGAGAGAGCAGAGCGUUUAUAGCAUUGACUUCCUUACAUGAUGACACUGCAGAAAAUUUCUGGUCUCUUGUUGGGAAGCAGGCAUGUAAAACAAUGAUCGAGUUUUCAAAUCGUUCGGAAGGAUUGCAUAAGGCGGACACUUACCUUGGCCAGAAAAAGGGUGGGCGUGUCGGAAGAUAUUACGUCACCUUAACCGAGGAAAGCAACGAUCGCGGCUUUGAGGAGAGAACAUAUUCCUAUAAAGAAGACACAAAAGGUAGCAGUCUAAAGACUUUUAAACAGUUCUACAUGCCUGGUAUGAAUAAAGACCCGGACAGACAGUGCAUGCUUGAUCUAAUAGAGGCGAUAUUGACAUGGCAAAGUCAACUCUCGACCGACACACCGAUAUUGAUUAAAGAUGGUUCGAACUUUCACCGAAGCGGCCUUGUUAUGGUAUUAAUGAGCGAGAUAUGUCGCAUUGUGAAGCACGACGGAAAAAUAAACCUUGUUGAAACAGUUGUAUCAAUGAAACACCAAGAGAAACAUAUUAUCCAUAGCGCUGCUCAGCUUAGGAUCUGCUACGACGCAAUAUUGGCCUACGUUCAGAAACCAGGAAUCUAUCAAAAUUUGUGUUUAAGUACGGAAUAAACACGACGUGUUUGCAUACUUUUUGAUAAACACGCUAAGAUAUUGUUGUCUGUUUAUGAUGACUAUGACGUGCAUGAAGUGUUAAGUUAU